CGCUUACAGCCUCCCAACUCCAACCAACGACGACAUACUCCGUGCCUUCGAGCUUUUUUUUUUUUUUUUGACAUAGAGCUGGCCCGUCUCACCCCGCCCUUUCGGUGAGUACCGUGAAUCGAAGCCUUUAAGAGAAGCCUGCUAGAGCCACGAUUCCUACCCCUUGCGACGAGUAUCGACGAGUCUCCGACACACCGGAAACGACCGAUUGCGCUCCUCACUCUAAACCAUCCAUCGCCAUCACCGCCUGCGCCUUCUAAUCGAAUCGCAUUCAGCUAGCGGAUCUUACAAGAGGAGGAUUAUCUUGGGACUCUAGUUUGCGCUUCGGAGAAUAAUCCUGUUAUUCUAAGCCCGAAAUGGCCAACCCACUCGACACCGACGCCGGCACCGAGCUGUUCAAGCACUAUGAAACCGAAUUCCAGCUGGUCCAGGCAGAUCUGGUGCAGAAGCUCGACCAGAUUUCGGAGCUGUCAGGGGAGCCGAGGAAGGCGGCAAUGAGCGCGGCGGAGCGGGCGCUGGAAGAGACGGGCGAGCUGCUCGACCAGAUGCAGAUGGAGAAGCAGAACAUGCCCUCGGCACAGCGGGCCGCCAUCAAUCGGCGAUUGCGCGACUACAAGACGGAUGUGGAUGGCUAUCGGCGGAGGCUGCGUACCCUGGCGGAUGACAAGAGCGCUCUGUUCGGAGCCCGGUACUCGGACAACCCGAGCUCCUCGUCAAGGGACGCUCACUAUGAGCAAAGGCAGCAGUUGCUGUCAGGGACUGAGCGGCUGGACCGCAGCACACAGCGACUCAGGGCCAGCCAGGCGUUGGCAAACGAGACCGAGGCGAUCGGAGCCAGCACGCUCGCACAGCUGCAACAGCAGCGCGAGACCAUCGAGCACACCACCAGCGUCCUCUAUGAGAGCGAAGGCUAUGUCGACCGCAGCAUCAAGAGCCUCAAAGGGAUUGCCCGUAGGAUGGCCACGAAUCGGAUAAUCACCGUUGCCAUUAUUACGGUUUUGGUUCUUCUUAUCAUUGCGGUCAUUUUCAGCAAGUUCAAAUGAAUCAUAUUGGUUUUCAGCAAGCGGGUCUAUUUUACAUGCCGAGGUUCGGCAGUUCGGACGAGAUGAGAGUAUUCGGAGCGUGUUGGAAUGGAGAAGGCCCGAGUCCAACGAGACCUGCCAACCGGAAGAGAGGUAGCAGCUCGACUCCCGGGCUCACUGACCUACGCAAUGUAAUAAUUGUCCCUGGACAAUGCUGAAGUGAACCAGUCGACCGUAUGUUGCAUCUUCUGCUAGGAAAACAUACUCGGGCUUGUUGAACAGGCGCUUCGACGUCCUGCCCGAUUGGUACUUGAAAACAGUCGCUGAUUAGGACCCAGUUGAAGUGUUCAGAAUGAAACUGUUCAG